CUGUCAUUGCAGAGCAUGUGAUGGGAGUGAAGGUAUAAGAGGCCGCGGAGCGACAACAACACAAACACAACACAAACAAAUCCAGAGUGACAUUCAAACUCUUCCACAGCCGACACAGCAGCAGCAGCAGCAGCAGCCAUGAGGUUUUUACAGCCUGUGUUUGUUUUCCUCACUGUGGCAGCAUUUCACAGCGCUCUUUCAGCAUCUCUGGAGUCUGCAGAGAAAGAGGAAAAGGUUCCCCAGUAUGAUGGGCUAACUGAACUGCAGAAAAUAGACCAGAUCGAGUUUGAGGCCGCUCAAAAGAGGGAGACCGCUCAGAUUAACGGCACAGACACAGAGCGCAGUGAGGACGUCCACUACCUCGAGGCUGCUCAGGAUGAAUCUGAGGAGGAGCGGGCUGAGCCUGAGGUCGACAGCACGGAGGAAGGGGGCCACUCUGACGCUGCAGCUCGUGAGGAAACAGUAUCUGAAUCUUCUGAGGAAGUCGAAGGCAGACAGAAGCAUGAGCAUCAUGAUGCAGUGAGCAGUCUGGAUGCAGAAGUCAACGAGGAGUCGUCCGAAGAACAAGGUGUAAAUCUUGCAAACGUGUUCUAUGUGAGUUAAUGAACAGCCACGUGACGCGUCCUCCUCCUCCUCCUCCCUGCCCCAUCGUCUUUGCUCACAUCAUCCAGACGGUGAUUAACAUAUUUUGGGGGGGAGGUCGCCGCAAAAGUACCUGCUGCUGUGGCUGCGAGAUGUGGUGGAAGUGUGUUUUUGAGUCACUCGGUGAAAGUGAAAUUGUAGGUUGUGAAAUCAACUGGACCAGUGAAAAGAGCCAGUCAGAGCCAGUCUGGUCUAGACUUAAAUAGUGUCAAACCAACCCCCCCCCCCCCCCCCCCGGCUGACUUCUACAUGAAGAAAACAGUGAGUAAUCACACAUUUAAAACCCACUAGCUUUUCAAAAACCCUUAAGACUUGUUCUCUUUUCCCCAGGUUUGAUGUAUACAAACAGUUCUCCUUGUAUGUGAGUAAAUCUAGGACAAGAAUCCAGGGCACGCUGAGAUGUCCCCUGCUGCUUAUUGUGCUUGAUUUAUUAUGUAUCAUUGGCUUCUGGUUAUUUUUAGACCAAUAGAUGCACUGUCCCUGUCCUGAAGGAGGCUCAAAGUCCUUUUUUUUUCUCUUCUAAAAAACAAGAAAAAAAGAAACAUUUAUUGAAUUCUUUUCAUCCAAGGUCAUGGAUGCAGUGAUAAAAGUCGACUGUGUCAUUCUCCGUGUUAGAUAAGCCACAUUCCUGAGUAACAGGUGUAAAAACAUAAAAUAAACUCAACUAGGGGUAUUUAAUUCUUCUCCUUUUGGGGGUAGAACAGGACUGGCAUUGUGCUUUACAGCAGUGCGGUCAUCACUCUGCCGUACAAGUGAGUCAUACUAGAAAAAACUCAUGUUUUUUCUUCCUAUAAGGGAGCUUGGAAAACUACUGAAUUGUGGCGUUUGCAAUUUAAAGCUAGCGUAAAGGAAUUCUCUCUUGUCUGUCCCUGCG